AUGCCUCUUUUCAACCAUCUCUUCACUGAAUGCCUUCUUUCUAGCCAAUUUCUAUUCACUGAGGAGGCUAUUGGUGCGCCUGCAGAUCCAAGUCAAUUUAUAUUCACUGGGGAGGCUAUUGGGGCGCCUCCACAUAUAAGUCAAUUUCCAUUCACUGGGGAGGCUAUUGGGGCGCCUCCACAUAUAAGUCAAUCUAUAUAUACUGGGGAGAUCUAUGUGUGCAUUGGCACACUUCUCCCUUCUUUUAUCAUUGAGUACUGGGGGCUUGGCUUGGGGAGGAGAUCUAUGUGCGCAUUGGCGCACUUCUCCUCCCUUUGUUUACCAUUGAGUACUGGGGGUUGGCUUGGGGAGGAGAUCUAUGUGCGCAUUGGCGCACUUCUCCUCCCUUUGUUUACCAUUGAGUACUGGGGGCUUGGCUUGGGGAGGAGAUCUAUGUGCACAUUGGCGCACUUCUCCUCCCUUUGUUUACCAUUGAGUACUGGGGGCUUGGCUUGGGGAGGAUUUAGUGUCCACAUUGGUGCGCCCCUCCUUCAACCAUCAUUGCGCUUGGGAGGUUUAAGUGUCCACAUUGGUGCGCCUCCUCCCAUCAUUCUUGUAUUGUAUUUUCUCCGGAAGGAUGACACCUGCUCCACCAUAAGAUAUGUUUCUUUUGGCUUGCUCCGAUACUCAAAGAUUAUGUUAUAUAUACUAGACUGUCGCAGAGAGGGCCCCUCUGCGGCAGCCUUGUAUUGA